UCAAAUAUAACUGAGGCCCCAACCCGCCCCGUGGAUGGGGGAUUAGUCAUCAUGCAGGUGCUGCCUGGUCUUAUCUAAUCUAUUCCUCCGUCUGUCGACUUGAACAUUGAGUAUACGCAAUCUUUGCUCGCAUUUCUACCUCAUUUGUCAAUCCAAUGAGAUCGUCUCACAAAAUAGUAACAAUUAAAUAAUUAUAAUACGUAAAUUAAAAUGCAUUAGACACAAACGAAACUGAAAUAAGCCAUGUCAAAUUUAUGGAGUAAAUGUGUGAUCAAGUUUUUCAAAUACGCUCCCAGCUAUGUGGUGUGCUUGUGCUUUCUUCCCGCCGGAUUCAUCUUUGGCUACACGAUCUGCGCCUUCAUUGCCGAACGCAAACAUGACGGAAAUCUCAUCGAUUAUGGACCUUUGAUUUUGGGCGCUUGUUUGGCUUUCGUCAGUGCUUUGUGCUUUUUCCUGAUCAAAUAUCUGAAGAAAUGCAUCAUCUACUGGCAGCCACUGCUUCUCAUAGCGACUGGAGUUUUCAAUUUGAUUGCAAGUUGCUUCUACUUUGCCGAUGGAUUUGAUCACGUGGGUGCCUAUAUGUCGUAUGUGGCACACAGUCUGACAUUUGUGGCCGGAUAUGGAUUCCUGCACACGAUCAGCUCGAAAGUAAGCCGAUCCCUGAUGAUUUCCGGCUGUUGUAGCUGCUAUCUGGGGGGCAUCUCAUCGGCUGUGAGCCUGAUCGGAGCCUCGUACGUGAAGAAUCUGAAUGAAUAUGCGGGACAAGCGGCGACAACGGAGCAACUGAUCGAUGGCAUCUAUGUGAACUUUGCAGCCACAUAUUUAUCGAUAUCGGCCGUCAUGUUGGCUGUACUCAUUGGCCUGAAAGUGUUGCAUGUGCUCGGCACAGUUGACAUGACCAAUAGUCUGGAUAAUGAUCUGAGAAUUGCCAAUGCCAAUGGCAGCAUCUUUGAGCCAAGAGCGGAGGUCAUCAAAAAGUUGCAGUUCUUUUAUGUGACCAAGAAUCAACAAUGGCAUGUGACCUUGUUGCUUCUCUUCACCGAGGCUGUGCAAUAUGCAUUGUUCAUCUAUUUGGUGUUUUGGUUUGCCUUGAAUGAUGCAAUGCGCUUGCAUGAUUUGGCCCACAUUGAUGCCAUGUUUUGGGUCAUCUUUGCCGGCAGCGUGUUGGCCAUCAUUUGCCUAUGUUUCUACUCGGCCAAGGUGCAAUUUGUUAGCACACAGUUGUUGUUGCUGCUGAUCACGGUGCUGGGCAUGAUCAUUUAUGGCACAACCGGUUCCAAGGUGACAUUCUGGUUUCUCCUACUGCUCUUUGGCAUGUCGUACUCCAGCCAACAGAUUGUGCUCCUGGAGGUCACACAUCUUCGCUUCACCGAGUGCAUCAUCUUUGCCUCCUACACUAUGAAGUUGAUCAGCGUCAGUGUGGUUUAUUAUUACUUUGUGGCGAAUGUGGAGAACUCGUAUUUCUAUUCGGUGGAUGAGAACACACUGAUGGCCCAAGGAUUCGUUUUUAUGAUAAUCACAGCUCUGGUUGCCCUCGUGGUGGGCAUGAAGGUGCCGAGAACGCAUCGCACCAAGUUGCAGGAUAUACAGUGUGAGGUGUAUGGCAUUAUCUUCAUGAAGCAUCAGAUUGAACAGUUGAAUGUGCGUUGGCUAAAUGAUGGCACCAUACCGACCAUUAGCCAAUGAUGCACUGCAUCAAUAAGCAUUGUUGUUGUUGUAUUGAUUAUUUUAUGUAUACGUAUAUUAAAGUUAGUUAUUUGUUAACGUUUAAUGCAAA